AUGGUCGACGCAGUUCCAGACGUCGCGGACACUAAGUCGCGGAAGAGCGAUGUCGAACAUGUCGAGCAAGAUCUGAAGAAGCCACAGCUCCUACAUGGAGACGGCCAGCAAGAGUACCCGGAGAUCUACCUUGAGGCGCUCGCAAGGUACCCAAAUGACGAAUCCAUUGACCAAGCCGAUGAAAAGCGUCUUCUCCGCAAACUCGACAUGAGAAUCUUGCCACUUCUCGGCAUUUGCUACUUUUUCUACUACGUCGAUAAGACCACACUAUCUUACGCGGCGAUCUUCGGGUUGAAGGAUGGUCUCGACCUGAAAGGCGAAGAAUAUUCCUGGCUUUCUAGUUGCUUUUACUUCGGCUGGCUCAUCUGGGCCAUCCCAUCUAACCUCAUCAUGCAACGCUGCCGUCCAGCUUGGUAUCUCUCUUUCAAUAUCUUUAUGUGGGGCGCACUUCUUAUGGCCCAAGCCGCCGCAAAGAAUUUCGGCGGUCUUCUCGCCCUCCGCGUACUCUCCGGUGCCUUCGAGGCCAUCGCAGAUCCUGCUUUCAUGCUGAUCACAUCGAUGUACUAUACAAGAUCUGAGCAGCCUUCUCGCAUCUCGGCGUGGUAUGCUUGGAAUGGAAUUGGCGUUGCUGGCGGUGGUCUGAUUGGAUAUGGUAUUGGACACAUUAAAGGAGCCCUAGAAUCGUGGCGCUACGAGUUCCUGGUCGUCGGUGCUUUCUGCGCGUUCUGGGCAAUUGUCCUUGUUCUCUGCCUUCCCAACUCUCCACGAACCAUCUGGGGCUUUAAUCACGAAGAAAAGCUCAUCAUGAUCGCGCGCAUGCGUCGCAAUCAGACAGGUAUCGAACAACGCCGUAUCAACUGGGGUCAAAUCAAAGAGGCUUAUAUGGACUACCAAACUUGGCUUUUUACCUUGUUGGGCUUCGUCUCCAACGUCCCCAACGGUGGUAUUUCCAACUUCUCCACACUUGUCAUCAAGGGCCUUGGCUUUGGAACGCUCGAGACAGCGCUACUUGGCAUCCCGCAGGGCGCUCUUGUGGUCAUAUGGAUUGGUCUCGGUGCCUUGGCGAAUAGGUAUAUGCCGGCUAACAGCCGCACACUUAUUUGCGCACUCUUCAUGUUGCCAACCAUUGGCGGUGCAUUGGGUUUCCUUCUUGCACCUGCCAAUGCUUAUACCGGCCGUCUCAUCUGCUUCUAUCUAACCGGUUCAUACCAAGCAUCGUUCGUCAUCUCUCUGUCGCUCAUCACAUCAAACACGGGCGGUCAAUCAAAGAAGAUGAUUGUAUCCGGCAUGAUUUGGUUUGGCGCUUGCAUCGGCAACAUCGCAAGUCCGUUCUUUUACAAGACGAACCAGGCCCCUUCGUAUCACCUCGGUAUUGGCUCCCUCCUGGUCGCAAACUGCAUUGAGCUUGCCCUCUUCUUUGUCUUUCGGUAUGCUUUCAUCUGGGAGAACAAGCGCAAAGAGAAGCAAAGAAAUGCGCUACACGCAAGUGGCAACUAUGCCGCAGACGAGCUCAAUGCCACAGCGUUCACAGAUAUGACUGACAAGGCGAAUCCCAAUUUCGUGUAUGUAUACUAG